AUGGCCGUUACAUGUUGGGCUUGCGGCACCCUCUCUCUCAAACCCACCUCCGAUACUGCUCCUCAAACUGGCUCCUUUCCUCGCCGGAGCAAAAUCAGCUGCCCGCCAGGAUUUUUUCCGGCUAGAAUAAGAAAAUCGCUAAACAUGGAUUUGAUUGUCAGGAAGGCAUCACCGGAAGUGGUCGGAGAUGCGGUGGCUUCUUUUCCGAUCCCCGGUGGCAUCCCGGGGCUCUCGCUGCCCGUCGGCGACAAUCCAUGGUUAGCAGGGGUUGCUGGGCUGAUUGUAGUUGUACCUUUAAUGGUCCAAAGGCUACUAACAUUAACAAAGCAGGUUGACAUGGCGGCCCAAACAGUCGAGAAAAUAGCUGACACGGUGGGAAAAGUGGCGGAGGAGGUGGAUAAAGCGGCCGAAGACCUUGCAGAGGCACUGCCUGAGGGCGGCCUUAAGAAAGUCGUUAGUUUCGUGGAGGAUCUGGCUGAAGAAACCGUAAAAGAUGCCCAAAAAGUCGAAGAUUUGAUGGAUAAGGUAGAAGAAAUGGAUGACAAGCUGGAGGAAUUUCUGAACAAGAGCUUCAAAGGCAGUGAUAAAGCCUGA